CAGAAAGUUCAAUUACAGAAAAGACAUCGAUCAGAAAGCACCCAAGCAAAAACCCAGCAAAAAAAUCGCCUUAAAAAGAGCAUUUUCAGAAAAGCGGCCCAGUAUAGUCUGGAAUGUGAGUCCGAUGUUUUUAUAAUGAUUAGAACCAGAAGAAAUGGUCAGCGGUUUGUUUUCAAUUCAUCAGUAUUAGAACGCUGGCUACCUUCAAUGCCGGAGCUAGUA